CUCAGUGGUAUUAAACUGAUAUUCUAUGUUCUGAAUAAUUCCAGAUUGUUGACAUUGUCAGGUCAGGCUCUCUUUAGAGCUAUGCUCAUGGCUUAGAAGGGGUUAAGUGGGUGUCCCCUUAAGCCUGUCUCCCAUUCUGUUAUCCUUUUGCAGAUCUGCCAAACACAAACUCUCAGAAUAUUGGAGAGAGAGAGAGCAAGGACUGAGAAUUCUUGUGAGAGGGGAGUCUAAUUCCUCUCAUCUUUCAAACUACCAAAUAAGAAGAAUCUCUGAAGAAUUAAUAUUCUACAAGAAGAUCCUCAGAUAGGAAGAGGAACACAUAUUAUGCGAAGGAAAGUCUGCUUUCAGGAUCACCAUGAGCUGCUAUAAGCCUUGGACAUGUUUUAUGUCACUUACAAACAGGAGGAUUUAGUCAAUUUCAUUUGAGUGCAGCAAAGUAUCUUGUGAUCUGCUUCUUCAGCAUGGCAGGUAAGUACCUUUUAUACCAGUGGUGAUCAAAAGGUAGGUUCCCAGCUGUUAGAGAACUACAAGUCUCAUGAUGCUUUAUAGUGCUAGGAUGAGAACGCAUCAUGGGACUUGAAGUUCUAUGCCAGCUGCUGAGCUACCCUUUAACUCAUCAUUUUAAGCCAAAAAUUGAUGGAAAAGUGGGAUAGAAUUUUGAAUUACAAAUUGCUGCUGACAAUAUAUUCACCAUUGACUCACUCAGUUUAUGAAUUCAACAGACACAAAACAUUUCAUUGGAUUUACCUGAGUAAGACAUUUGCUUGUGCCCUCAUGUGAGUUAAAGUGAGAGCUUAUGUUAUCAAACAAUCUAGACAGUGUUUUCAUAACAAACCUGUUUCUUAUUGGGAGACUUUAUUAAAAGGAUUCUAAUGCAUGCACCUGUUUAACGUUGCACUCACAUGUUUUAGAGUAAUAAUAUACAUUCUUGUUUUUUAAUAAAUAUAAAUUGGAUUUAUGUAGUUAAAAUAUAAACUGAACAUUUUCAGCUGUCAAGCCUAUACAAUAUACCAAUAAAUCUGUAUGAUAUAUACUAUUUUAAACAAAGUGGAUGGGAGGAAUAGAUGCUAAAUAUUUACAUUUAAAUUGGUAAAAAAAAAUACUAAAAUAUUUUUUUCUAUUAAUUGUAAACUUGCACAUGUAUAUGCCUAGAUAUUCAGUGUAUUUCUUUAGGAUGUGCCCCAAAUGGAUUUUUGAAUGUUUUUUUUUUUUUUUUACAUAAAAAGAUGAUAUUUUAUAUAAUUACAUGGGAUCAUAAAUAUUCAUAAUAUGAAAUCAUGAAUGAAAUUUAUUUUUAUUCGUUAAAAUAAAACGUAAUUGAGUUUAAAAAAUAAAAUAUUAAUAGACACAUUUUAAAUAUUAAUAUUUUUCCAAGUAUAUACACAAAUAAUAUAUAUAUAUAUUUUUUAAAUUAUCCUUCAGCAGAUAAUGAGCUAACCCAAAUUUUCAUUAAAUUCAACACAAGUACUUAAAUCGUAUACAGGGUACAUUAUACGAAAAGGUCCCACCCUUUGCGCAUGCCCAUAUGUAUAUAUUGUCUUUUAUAAUUACAUAUUGCAGUGUGUGUCAGAGUUGUGAUGGUAACUUAACAGUUAAAUAUAAAAUCGAAUGAAGGCAGCGUCAAGGAUCAGAGGUUUGUGGGACUAACCUAUUGUUUUUAAGGAAGGAACAUCAUUAUUAAGAAAACGUAAUAGGCGUAGAUGCUAUCAGAGAUUUAGAAAGCCCAGUUCCUGUAUGCCUACAGCUAUUACUGUUACGUUAGCAUGAUGGGUAAUUCUGUGUAAAUACACACAGAAUACAGUACGUGUUCUUACCCUGACCUACUUAAAAAUAAAAAAUAAACUUUAAAUUCAAAAAUAAACAGCAAAGUCUGCCGUACUUUAACAAUUUGAUCAAAUCUACAUUUCUGCCUAUAUUAUUAAAUUAAAAAGAUUUUACAGAAAGUCAUGUUAUUCCGUAAACCACAAAAAACAAAUUGCUGCAAUUACUGCUAUAAAUGUUCCCAGUUGUGAAAGGUUUGUAAUGUUCUAUAAACUUACUUUUAACUUGAGUCUCAAUAAUAUAUUUUCCUUCACAUUCAAAUGAUCGAGAGAUUUGUUUUAUUCGUGAAAUGUAGCAAAAAAAGAAAUAUUACAAUUUUGGCAUCUGACAUAAAAUUUGUGUAGGUUUUAUAAACUGUCUCGGACGUCCAGUGGCAAAAAGUGAAUUAAAACAUUCAGGCUGAAAUUGCCAAUCUCGCAGAAUUCUCUGACUCACCUAGUCAAAGCUUGGCUAGUUUAGCCUGAAUAUUGCAAUUUAGUUUUUAAUUAAUACAACCCAUUGUCUUGACAAAUGUUUCAGGUACACAGUUCGAAGUGAUACAUUUGACUUGGCUUUACACUUUAGCAAGGCAUAUUGAUCCAUUGGAGAGGCCAAUGUUACGACCCUGUCUAUUCAAACCUUCAUGCUGCUGUCUAUGCUAUGUGUUGUCCUUAUCAUUCACAGUGUGUUAGGCUUUACAGUGUCAGUGUUAUUUCAUAAUUAUAUAUACUUAAGAGCCCAGGUUUUUGGGUCAAAUACCAAGAAAAUAAAUUAUGUUUUGGUUAUAAAUUAUGUUAGAUAGGAGUCCAGCGAUAAUUCCAAUAUGGCGUUAUCUUACAGUCAGUUUCAAUGUUCACAACAAGUUGCAGUUAUCCUAUUGCUUGCUCUCCCUGGUCCACAGUUUGAACAUUGUCAUGUUAAAGGGACACUCUUGUCACCAGAACCACUACAGUUUAAUGUAGUUGUUCUCGUGUCUAUAGCCAGUCCCUGCAGGCAUUUUAAUGUAAACACUGCCUUUUCAGAGAAAAUUUGCUGCCUGAAAAUUUACAUUGCUGUCUAGUAAGACCACUAGGUGCAGUCACCCAGAUGGCCACUAGAGGUACUUCCUAGUUCUCUUCAUGGAGGUGAUGACCGUUCCUAUGAGGAGAUGCUGACUGGCGCAGUCGCAGAAUGGCCUCCCAUUGCUUUCCCAUGGGAAAGCAUUGAUUGGCUGAUAUCAUCAAGUUUUAUGAUCUAAGCCAGGCAUAGGCAACCUUCGGCACUCCAGAUGUUUUGGACUAUACCUCCCAUGAUGCUUUGCCAGCAUUUGCCUGCACCUGUUACUGCGAUUUAAAGGGGGUUGGGGACCAUAGGUAGGUAGGUAGUUUAACAUUAUAGUAUCAGGUCCCUAACACAAUAGUGUUCUGUUAAGUAACUGCUCCUCUGGGUCAUAUGAAUGGGUCCUAGAAUCAGCCCCUGGGAAGUAGCAUGGUACAUCACAUAAUGGUUGAUUGCUCUGACCAAAUCAUAUAUACCUUUGUAUCGCUUGUUACUUAGUGAGCUUGUCUCAUUGGUUACUUUGAGUGCUCCAUGUAUCCUUGAUUUGUUCACUCCCCAAUAUCUUUCAGUGUGACCUGAAAGCAGCACUGUUACACUCUGCUAAAAAAUGAGUAUUUCAUAAAGAUAGAAUUUCACGGAACUUCCAACCCAAUCAAGAGAGAUACUAAGAAAAAGGAUGGAUAACUUUGUUUCUCUAUAUUUCCUCCUCUUGACAUUCUUGACUCUGGGUCAAGCUACAGUGUCAGUCAUGACAGUUGUCACUAGUAACGGCUGCAGGGAAAUGGCUCUGUCUACGGAGAGAUAGACUCUCUAUGAAAUACUCAUUUUGACUGUGUUGGAAUUGCAGUGAAAUUCCAACCUAGCCAAGACUCAGGGCAGAAUCUAAGAGUCAAUCCCAACAGCCAUGACCAGUGACGGAUACUGGGAAGUAGCUGUGUCUAUGCCUCCAUUGAUCUCAAUGCUGUACUCUCACGUAUCAGUAAGAGUACAGAAGUGAUGUCGGCUCCUAACACUGAAAAGCCGGGAGCUAAAAAGGAUUUGCCAGAAUAAGAUGGCUCUGUGCACGAUGGACAGGUUCAGGUAGGUAACUCUAACCUUUACCUGGCCCCGACCACCAGGCCCCAAGCAGCUUCGUCACUGUUGGGGGUCUUUGCAAAUUCUGGUGUGUGUGGUUUGUGUUUAACCGCUAAAAGUGGCUUUGAUUCAUAGUUACAUCUUAAGUGUGUCCACUCACUUUUGGUGCGAAGAUAUAAUUAUAAAUGCUUGACUCAUUUGGCAGAGAUCAGUUUCCGAGGAUUGAAAAAGGAGUGCUUACAAAUAGUUGCUGAACAAUGGAAGUAUAUUUUAAUAAAUUCAACUUCUGCUAACCCAAGUAGUGGGGCAAGAGCCAUGCUCAGGUACAUUAUCUGGUCAUCUAUGUGCAUAGUGAUAGCACCUUUAAAGCUAAAAGGGGAUACAAUUCGUUUAUAUACAAUUAUUUAUAUAGUGCUACCAUAUUCUGCAGCACUGUACACUAGAGAAAAAAAAAAACAAAGAAAUAAUUCUGACAAAACACAUUUGACAUAUGGGAACAGUAGAUGAAGAAUGCCCUGCCCAAGGAGCUUUCACUCUAUUAGAUAUUAUUAUAUUAUAAUAAAUUAGACGGAAAAUCUCCACCAUUUUCUGGAUUCACAUAUAAGAUAGUUAUAAUCACACACAAAAGAUGGACGUUUCGAGAUAAAGGACGUUAUUUAUCCAAGUUUUCUGUUGUAAAAAGUGAUGCAAAUACACAAAAGGGGGAUUUUCCUGCUGGCUCUACUGGAUUCUAUGGUGGAUCUUCUGCUGCUCUGCUCAGGUGAGAAACUGACAGCCAAAUGGAUUGGCCCCAGCAUCUGGGCUAUUGGUAGAGACAUUUGUUCGACAAGCAAUGAUACUUACAGGAUAUUGAUCCACAACGAUAAGUAAUAGGCUGAAGUAGCCAGUGUCAUGACCCUUUCUAAAUCUUCAUACAACUGCCUAGGUCACUUGCCGACCUUAUUAAUAUUCUUGACCAUGCAUUGUGUUUCUUUUAGAAAGUACAGACAUUAACCGGGUAUCAGUGCUUAUAAUUAUAUAUUAUGACAUUAAAUGAAAAGGACUUGGGAACAAUAAUAGAUUGGCAACAGUAUGAAAUGCCGGUCUUCCUUUGCAAAAGCUAGUAAGGUGGUUUUGUGUAUCUAAAGGGCGUUGGUUUAUGUAAUCCAAAUCUAAUUUUGUAUAAAUCUACUUCUGUAUAAAUCAGUGGUAAGACCAAACCUUGAAUAUCCGGUGAAUUGUGGGCACCAGUUUUGAAGAUGGAUAUUGCAGAACUAGACAAAUGUGCAGAGGAGACCUACAAAUUAAUAAGUAAUGACCUGUUCAUUAGUAGGAAUAUAGAACUCACAAGAGAAUAUCCAUUGAAACUGGAAAAAAGGCAUUUUCACUUACAGCAAAGGAAAGGGUUCUUUACAGUUAGUGGAAUCAUCCGCUCUGAAGAAGUUGUCUUAUCAGAUUCUAUAGCUAUAUAUAUAUUUUAAAAAUGCCUUAAUGUUUUUUUUUAAUGCAGAAUAUUUAAAGAUUUAAAAUAAUUAAUUGUAACAUGUUGUUGAUCCAAGGAGAAAUCUGAGUUCCAUUAUGGAGUCAAGAAGGAUAUGUUUUUAACUUUUGUGGCAUACUUGGCCAUUGCUUUUAAUUAGGAUUGUCUUUUCUUUUGGAUCAACAGCAUAAACAGAUGGGUUUUAAAGGUUGUACGUGAUAGACUUGAGUCUUUGUUUUAACCUUGAUUACUAUAAGGGAUGUACACUUAAGUCUGAGUGGCCUGAUACGAAUGGGACAAAACCAUCUGGCUGCAUACUGGGCAGAGCUACCCCCAAUCCAUUAGCCACCCGUCUUAAAGUGAAGUCCCUACCCACCCCUCCUCACCCUUAUAAUAGUGGAGAGGGGCCUAAAAAUAUAAAACCUUACCAUCAGAAGUCUUCUUUCUUCUAAUUCUUCUGUUCUUCAUCCCCAAAAAGGCCAAAUAAAACCCAUAAUUCUUAACACGCUAAUUAAAAAGGCCUGAUUUAAAAAAAAACUCUGGAAUAAUAAAACCAUGCUACUAUAAAACAAAUAAUCCAUCUUCACCCGUUUUAUAGGCUUUCUCAUGCUAUAACUUCUAUCGCAAAGCGUGGGAAAAGUUCCCAUGAUUCGCAAUAUGACCAAGAGAUUUCUGAUUGGUUGGCUAGUAAAUCAACCAAUCAGAGAGCUCUGGCAGACAAGUCUCGAGAAAGAAGUACAUUGUAAAUUGGUUCGGAUGCUGAUAUUAGCAAGUUUCCAAACUAAGGAAUGUUACAGAAUUGAUUGGACUGAACGCUUUUGGCUGUAGUAAAUCUGGAAAUUGCCAGUGUGGUCGUUAUUUGACCAUUUUAACUGGGUUUUGUCCAAAUGGUGUCUAGUGAAUAAUCCUUUAUGUAACUUUAUCUAUAUAGUUAGGGCUGUGGAGAAUACAGCCCAGGUGCAGAAACGUAUAACCAAAAACAACUUACCACGAAAUACAGGUUGAAGUGGCACUGUCACUGUCUGGGGAAUAUGUAUAAUUUGCAAAGACCCCCAGCAGUGACAAUCUCCACCGGGGAACCAGUGGCUGGGGGGGGCAAGGUUCUGAACCUGUCCUUUUUUCGGUCGCCACCAUAUUUUUCCUUGGGUCAUCUUCUGCUCUUGGAGUUUCCAUGUCAGGAGCUCUUGGAGUUUCCAUGUCAGGUACUCUUGAGCAUGUACACUUGUACAUGCUCUAGAGUGCUCUAGAGUACAGCAUUAAAUCAUUGGAGGAUCCAGUGAGACCAUGGGAUCUUCCAUAGAAAGAGACAAUUUCCUAGAGCCACCACUGGUGAUGACUGAGGGAUUGACACUCCUUGAUGCCCAGUGUCAAGAAGAGUCAGGCGUAGGAAAAAUACAUAAGACAAUAUGUGCAGUCCCUACUUUGUGCAGAGCCUGUAUGUACUAUGUGCAGUCCCUACUUUGUCUUUUGUUAGAAAUAGAUUAAAAAAAGAGGAAAAGAAUGUCAUAUUACAAACACAAAAAUGACUGUUACGCAUCACAAACAUAUCUUAAGUUGGACUUUUUGGGCAUAGAAACUGAACAAUUCAUGUUUGCACAUCUAUCCCAGAGUUCCCAGCUUUGCAUGCAAAUGAGCACAGACAGUCAACGCAUUUCAAAUUUCAUACUGCAUAUUUUGUUUUCUUAAAAAGCUGUGUUUAAAAGGGUGUCCAUUGCUAAGGGAGUCUGCAAAAAUGCAGUAUAAAGUCUGAAAUGCGAUGACUGUCUGUACUCAGUGACUAGAAACCAGUGCAAGAAAUCUGUACCAGUAAAAAACAACUUGUGCUGUGCGUCCAAUCUAGACAUCAAUGGAGGCCAGCUGUGAUUUUCCCAGCCUCACAGGGGGAGUUAAGUCUAGAAGUAAGAAUGGGUACUCACUAUCUCUAUUCCCUGGGAGGUAUUGUUACCUGUUGGAAAUACAGCAAGGUGGGGAGAGUUGCAGAUGCCCUUCCUCCAUGUCAGUGCUGGUGCCAGGAAUUUUGACUGCACAGACAACGAUGAGUUUUUUCCUCCCCACGAAAAAGUAUUUUCACCCAUGUGUCUCUUUAACCCCCUAUUUUGUAUUUUUUACCCCCUUUAGCCCCUUUUGUGUUUCUUACCCCUUUUUAUGUCUUACACCCCCUCCUUAAGUGUAUCUUAUCCCAACUUUUCCCCCUUUGUUUGUAUUUCACUCCCUUUAAUCUAUCUUAUCCACACUUGUGUGUCUCUUACAACCUCUCCUUGUGUGUCCCGUACUCCUCACCAUUGUGUGUCUCUUACAACCCCUCCUUGUGUGUCCCGUACUCCUCACCAUUGUGUGUCUCUUACAACCCCUCCUUGUGUGUCCCGUACUCCUCACCAUUGUGUGUCUCUUACAACCCCUCCUUUUGUGUCCUGUACUCCUCACCGUUGUGUUUCUCUUUCUCCCCCCACCAGCCCCUCUGUGUAUCUUUUACCCCUUUCAAUGCCAGCUUACCCCCUGUUGUAGUGUGGCCUCAUGGACCAUGGUAGUAGUAGUAGUAAAUUAAGUAACAGGCAGUAGGUUUGGCGCUGUGCACCCCCUCCUGUCGUUCACCUGGACAUUGCACCCUCCAUGCCGGUGUUCCCAAAGGCAGCUGCCUGUAUCGCCUUAUCAUAAUGCAAGUCCUGAUCAAUGUAAAAAAAGGGAAAUGUGUAGUAUUCACAUUUAGUGACAGUAACUGGCUAUCCUACAAGGUACUUACAAUCAUCCUUUGUGCUCCACCUGAGAAUGUAGAUGCUGCUCUUGCAGAAUGAAUGGUAGUAAUAAUGAAUGGAUAUUUUACAGAAUCAUAGAAUUGGUUGAACAAUCUGGUAAAUGUUAUAGAGUGAAUGUGGGGGUAUUGAAUUAAGUGUAGAUGUUUUCCCAGCUCCAUAUUCAGCUCAAACUACUAGCUUUUUUAUUGGCUUUUGCCAAAGCAUUUGGUUAGAGGUUAAGUCUCAUCCGAUUAACUUUUUAUUCCAUCAGUAUGUCCUAAACCGUUUAUACUUCAUUUCAGGACCUGUCAUACCAAUUACAAUUAGUUGUCACUUAGAAGAGCAUUUCUUUUCUCUGUAUAUUGUGAUAGUAGAAUCACUAGCAAAAGUGUAGAACAUAUUGUUUUACCUGUUAACCAUCCAAUCUCAGUAAUAAGGUAAUUUUACUCAGCUUUUCUCCCACAGCGGUCUAGUUUAACCGUAGCUGGCCCGCCUGACCUCCUCCAUGGUUGAGAUAAUCAAUCUUUAUGCUCUCCCAUAGGAAAGCCUUGGGAGGCUAUUGCGCAUGCACGACAAAACUCUGCGCCACUCAGCAUCUCAUCAUAGAGAUGUAUCAAAUUAAUGCAGAGAACGUAGAGAUGCUGAACAUCAGUUGUACAGCACUGACCCAGUAACCACCUCUAGUAGCCAUCUCAGUGGCUGCCACUGGAGGUGUCCCUAGGCAGCAAUGUAAACACUUCCUUUUCUCUGAAAAAUGUCUGCAGGGACACCAGAAUCCUUACAUUCAGCUGUAGUUGUUCUUGUGACUAUAGUGUUAGUUUAAUAGUUCCCUUUGCAAUGCAAUAUCAUUGAUCUUUAUGAUUAAUAAUAUACUAAUUGAUAAAAGGUUACUCCAAGAACCAUUGAGUGAUUCGAAGUGGUCAUGGUGCUUGGAACCUAUACGUGCUGUAAUGAGACAUUGCAUAUACAGAGUUUAACCCCUUUGCUGCUGAAGCGAUAACUCCACCUCUGACAGAGUCACUGUGGCAUCAUUAGCAAACCCAGAGGAAGACUCUGUGCAUAUUGGACUUCUGUGAUCAGCACACAGAACAUGCUGGCGACAGACUACUAUUGGCUGUAUUCCCCCCUUCUAUACCCACCCAUUGUACAGCACUACAGAAUUUGCUGGCGCUAUAUUGAUAAUGAAAUAAUAAUAUACAUAGAAAGCCCUUCCUUUAGCCGGCCCACCCUGAUAUCUCUUGUCCUCCAUGGAGAGUCAUAUCACUGUAGAAGGAUUGUGCUGCUGGGAGAACUUGCUGCUGGAAUGUAAUAAAUGUAUCUCCUUUUUUUUUAUUUUAAAGUGGGUGGAGGACCAGGAUAGGAAGGGUUACUCUGACCUUAAACACAGUUUUAUUAAAAUACUGUUUUUGGCUUGGAGUAAUCCUUUAAAGAACCACUAUAGUGCCAGGAAAACAAACUCGUUUUCCUGGCAUUAUAGCAUCAUUAGGUCCCGCCUCCCGCUUGGCUGAAGGAGUUAAAACCCAUUCAGCCACUUACCUUUCUCCAGCGCCAGGCUCCCACGGCACUGGGGAACUCUCAUCCUCCUGCCGACGUCAAUGCUGAAUGUGCAUGCGCGUGCAUUCAAACCGCCCACAGGAAAACAUUACUCAAUGCUUUCCUAUGGACGUCCAGCGUCUUCUGACUAGAGGGACCUGGCACCAAGACCACUUCAUUGAGCUAAAGUCGUCUGGGUGCCUAUAGUGGUCAUUUAAGUAACAAUAAUCCAAGAAAUGUAAUCUUGACAGUGUCCCAAAAUAUAAAAUCACAAAAACACAAGCUGGGCGAUCAAAAUGACUCUGGCAUAAUGUGCAUUUAAGGCAUAGUCCUUAGAAAGAUUGCAGAAACGCAGAGAUAAGGAGUUCUAUACAAUUUACAAUCACCACCAUUUAUUUUCCUUUAAAUCUCCCCGGUAUACAUUGAUACGUUGACUCAGUUAGGACAAAGCAUCAUAUUUAAUCAUUGAACAAACUUCUGAAGUUGUUAAUAUUGAUUAUUAUAUAUAUUAUAUGGAUAACAAAGAGAAAUCACUAACUAUUUUUUUUACCCAUUAAUCAUUGGUGCAGGCAGAAGUCCCCUUGUGGUUUUUCUGUAUGUGAUGGUUGUAAUAUCUGGAUGUCUGUGCAUUUCAAACAUCGCAUCAUCUGCCAAACUGAGGAGGAAUCUUUUCAACCAAUAUCACUCGCUACUACUUGCCGAUGGAAGAGAAACUACAAUCUACUUGCUCAAAGACAUUACAAAAAGGUAAGACACUAUAGGACAUGUGCCCUAUUUAUCAAACGGUGCAUAUUCUCUGCUAUGUAAUUAUAGGGAUACUCCAAACCCCUAAAGCACUUUAGUUUCAUUUAAUAAAAAGUAGAGACUUCAAUAAAAAUUCACACAUUUAUAAAUGAACCUUGUUACACCCCCCUGGCUGUCACUCAGACCACCGUUCCUCUUACUUCCUGGUUUGUUUAGCUCAGUUUAGUUAAACUAAAGAGACAGGCAACCUUAUUGAGCUGCAUUGAGAAGUCAGUGAUUGGACAGCCACAAAAACUCUAGAUUGAAGGGGCUUGCAAACCCCCAAUGAAAAAUGCACAAUUAAAUACAUGCAUGGUUUCAUUGUAUGUAGUAGUAUAUGUACUAACAUUUGAUUUAUUUAUUUUUUUGUAUUUAGGCAGUGUAAUGUCCCUUUAAUUAGAGUAGCUUUCUUCUUCAUUCCUAGCCACAAAAAGAAAACACAGUGUGACAUAUUCUACAUUUCAUGAUAUAUAUUUUUAGUGGAAAAAAAAUAACCUUUUCAUGGAUGCAGCAGGUCUGAAUGCCCAGCAUGCCAUGUGAAUUAUGCAAAUUAACAGAAACAGCACAGUCACAUUUUCAAAUGCUGGAGAAUGAACUACUUACAUUUAGGAAAAAUGCUGAAUGUGGAGACAUUUACUUUGAAAAAGUUUGACUUGCUAAGCAGACUCCAUAUUUGUCAAUUAAUAUCCCUUUAUAAGUGUUAGGGAAACCAUCAUUUGUAAUGAUUUUUAAUGUUAUGUUUACCUAUCCGCUCUAUUCAACAAUAUUAAAAAUUAAUUAAAUGUGGAAAUCCACACUUUAUCCUGGAACUGGAAGCACCAUCGAGGCUUGUCAUAUAUUAUAAUAAAAGUUGCCCUUUUCUGCUCUUGAACAUAGUGGAAGAGAACAAAACAAUGUUUAUUUUCUUUGUCUCUUCCUCUACAUUUGCAUUGUGUGCCUUGGCUGUGCCUGGUCUGAACUGGAUUGUGAUGUCGCUUGCAAAAUCUUUAAUAGACAUUUUAAAGACAAUUAGGCAUCAUACGGAAGAAAAUGGUUAAUACAAGUUCUAGGUGAUUUUCCACCUGUAAUUUGCAAAGAAUCAACUUUUCAACUUUAAGUUUUAUAGCACAGCUCUAAUGAAAAUAGACGUGUUGGUCUUCUUGAUUUAAAAAGAAAAUAUGUGUGAACCCAUUGAGGAAAAAGGGGGUGACUUUCAUGGUGUGGGGUGCAUUUCAUCUAGUUGUGUUCAUUAUAUUUCUCAGUUUGUAAACUCCAAAAUCUAUGAAAGACACCUUCCAAACACCAUAACCACUACAGUCCAUUAUUGAGGUUACACUGCCUAUCGUCAUCCCAUGGCUAGUAGUCAAACCAUUUUACUAUGAUUUCACAACUUACCUGGAUCCUGCCUUGCUCCCAGUCUUCUCCUACAUGAGAAUAUUGUUCAUUUUACCGACCUAAGCAGGGCCAUCCUCUCAUAGUCCUGGAUUGGCCCCCAUGCUUUAUCCUAUAGAGAUCAGGUGCAGUGCGAGUGACCCAGGUAAGUUGUCAUACAAUAAACAAAAUGAUUGACUUUUAUCGCUGGACGACACCUAGUCACCCCGACUCUAUAACCACUGCAGCAAGAAGUAGUGGUUAUGGUGCUUGAAGUGUCAAUUAAACUGUAACCAAUGACCCAAAAAAUUAUAAAACUUAACCAGUAAACCUUGUCAAGUCAGGUCCAACUUAAGUUUAACUCAAAUCUACUAUCACCCACAUUGAAUUAAAAAAACGCUAGAUUAAACAAACAAAAAAAAACCCAACUGUUUAGAUUUAUUUAAUUGUUUUGAUUUCAAAAUCUUGGAGGCAAGAAUUUUCCAAGUUUUCCACCUUGUAGAAGGUGCCUUUGUUGCCACCAGCAAUUAGUUAUCAGAAGAAGGUCUUUCUAUUUACUAAAACUGCAUAAUAGAAUCACUUAAACAAUCCAUGAAUAGUUUUAAUACUCCAUAUCAGUGCGAUUAUUUAGUAAAACGACUUUUAAAAAAUCCCACAUAUUUCUACACCAAGUGACCUUUACAUUGGAAUGUCCUUUGUGUAUCAAGCUAGAACAUAUUUUUACGUAAGAGAACAUUUGUGAGCUGUCAAAUUCUGUCUCCGUGAAACUCACGGCAUUCUAAUACCAUUAAGAGACCCUUGAGAAUUCCCCAAGUUGAAGAAAAGGUGUUUAGUAUAGUAAACAAAGAUAGAAAUUCCUAUUACUGUAGAGAUUGCGACUUUAUAGACCUGUAUAAAGUUUGCUACGUGUCUUUCUUUUCCAAUUAACAUAGAGAGAAAUUCAUUUCUACGAUGAUGUUUGCACGUUUCCUUGUUUCCUGUUGCUCCAUAAAAGUAACAAUCUGCUGUGUUAUGGAGGAUUUGAAUUUCUGUCACCCAUAAACUUCGCUAUAGAGUUACGGUUUAUGAAUUGUUUCCAUCUUGGCCGUCUGCAAGAAUGGAAACCAUAUCUUAAUAAUGGAAAGAAAAUACUGUGCUAGGAUUGUUGUUGCAUAGUAAGCUUCUUUGACUCAUUUUUUACAAUACAAAUCGUCUUACGAGGUUAUUUACGAAAGUGAGAAUUCAUGGUAAAUUUCACAUUUAAGGCCAAUGUAGUCACAGCCAAACAGAAAACACAGCUGGCUUAGAGAAUUUUGCCAGUUCAACUAUUUAUACCUUAAAUUUGAAUACAGUUUGAAGUCACUUCGAAUUCUAACGCAAGUAAUUAACCCUGUUAGGGUAAUCUCUGUGUCUCAAAAACACGUACCUCGGUAAAUUCUUUUAAUUCAAGCACAGUGAAAGGUCUUAUUUUUUGAGCUUUAAAACAAAGUUACGUGGACACGGUUGAAUUUACAUCUUGAGUGCCUGUAGGUGCAGAAUUUCAAGUUGCCCCCAAUAAAAACGAUGCAUGGACUACGUGUUUUACGUACGCCCUCCGCAAUUGUAAGCGAAGUGCAAUUAUAAUGUAACAAAAUGAAACAGUAUAUCAAGAUAAAUACAAAAAGGAAGAAUAUAGAUUUUGAGGUCUGGAGAACAAGUUGGUUUCCAUGAUGAUCAGUCUAUAGUGCUCCACUUGUUUAAUUUAUGUGAAAACAUCAGUAAAAAGAUUAAUGGUUUAUAUACUGUACUUAUUUGUGGUUCUGUUAUCUAAGGAAUAAGAGUCCCUCAGCUAUAAAGCAGUCAGAUGAAGAAUUAUGGCAAGUAGAAUUUGCUAUCAGUUUUAUCGGAAUCCACCGCUUUUUGCAUUGACAACUCCAGCACGUAUUCCACGUUGUAUCUGAAUGCAUUGCUCAGUUUCUGCAUGUUGUCAUUUUCAGGUACUACUUCUUCCUGGAAGAAAAUGCUACACCUCACUUCUCGAUCACAGUGACUCCAUGUGAUGUGCCCAUUGAAUGGAGCAUUCUACACUACAAAGCCCACGUAUCCCACGGAAAAAUAGCAGGUAUGACAAUUAUAUAUGUGAAAAACUAUGUUCCUCUCUGGGUUUUGUUCCAGUAUCUAUAGCCAUUUAAACUGUCAAUUAGCUGGAUAUAUAGUCUGCAACUAGCAUGGCAACGCUAUAGAUUUUGUGCGGUUUUUCAGGAAUUCAGAGAGGACUUUCAGUUCAAGCAGUAGAUGGGCAGCCAUGGGAUUCGUCAAUAGAUAAAGCUGGAAUAGCUUCAAUAGAAUAGAUGUAAAACAGGCUACUUGCAAGGUUUCAGACACAUAAAAUGAAAUGCUCCUUGUAACAGUUUUUGUAACAGCACACUUUUUCAGGAGGAUUUUGUCUGGAAAUUAGAGAGUUCUGGGGCAAAAAGCAAUAUUACCAGAGUCCGUAAUGGUUCCGAUUGAUGGAGGUGUCAACAGACCAGGUGAUAUCUUGAACCUUUAGUCUUAGUGGUAGAUAAAAAGUCAUACUCAUCAUAUGAAGAACUAAGGAUAAGCACAUUCUUAAUAGCUGGGAGUUACAGAAAGCCAGAAAACUUCAAAAUAAUCUAAGUACAAGGGAAAUACAAAAAUACAAAGCACGGCCUCUAUCAAGAUAGGUGUAAUUAUAUGAUCCUCACCAAAUUUUGCCAAUCAGUAGUUCAUUCGGGCUUAAGUGAUAAAACCAUAAAACUGGUGUUUUCAGGCAUACUUUGAACACUAGUGCAUCCAUGCUAUAGGCAGCAAAGUGCAUAAUGUUUGGUUAUUUUUGUUUAGUUGAUGGGUUUUAUUGGGUUUAAGAUUUUCUGAGUAGAAUUAUAAUUCUAAACUAGAAAAGCUAAAAUUUCUGGGGAAAUUGUGUGAAGUGUUCUUGCCUCCACCAGUAGUCUACAACUGGAGUGGGCGAGUAACUGUUAUUAUUUAUUUGUAAAGCAAAUUUAAUUUUAACGUUGUUGCCCAAAGUGCUUCACAGUUACAUUAAAACAUACAUUUAUAAAAACAUUAGCAGGUGUUCAAAAGGCCCUGUCUAUGACAUCACUUGUUGCUGCAGCUUGACACAGGUCAGAGUAUUUUGGUGGUUGCCAUCUUCAAACGGUCGUAUCUUAAAAACUAUAAAUCCUACAGCGAAGAGCUUUAUAUUGUGAGAAUCACAAGACCCAGACCUACAUUUAGAUGCAUAGUAUCUCAGUUUAGAAAUUGCCCUUCAAGUUUGAGCUGGCUAUAGUGGAGUUUCAAUGAAUGUCAAUGGACGGCGUGAGUUGCAAACAAAUGGUCAUAUCGUGAAAACUAUCAGGACUAUGGCUUAGCCGUUGACAUGUUUAGUGGCAGCAGGGAUAGCUGAACAUUCUGAUAUAAGAUUUGUGUAGGUGGGCUUGAAAAUGAGGGAGUGGUGGCAGUUUAGAAAUCAUGUCCUGAUUUUUCAGCUUUUGACAGCUCCCACUCUAGUUUUGAACAUUUUGCCAUUCAUUCCUGUGGGACCAAUUUCGCCACAAGAACGACGAUAUUCCGUGAACCAUUUGGCGAAACGUUCCAAAAAAUAGUAGUAAUCCAAUCGGGAACAAUACGCACGUUUCGGUAUAUUUCUGUCUAUGUAUUGUAAAAAGUGUGGGAGGAGUUAGGGUGGUAAACUUGGCUAUAAUAAUAAUAAUAAUGAUAAUAUAUAUGUAAGAUAACAUUAAGUGGUCGUGCUAUGCAAGAACACUUAAUAAUAUAUAUGUGAGAUAACAUUAAGUGGUCUUGCUAUGCAAGAACACUUAAAAAUAGUUUAUUGAAAAAAAACAUGACAAUAUAGUUUCAUGAUAUACUUAAUUUUAACCUUGUGUUUUUCCACCAAAAUGGUAGAAAUGAGGUAAAGGGAAAUUUCAAACUUGAGGUAGUCAUAUUUAUUGAUGAAGCAUUUCCAAUACAUUUACAUAGUUAUCAACUCAGAGUUUCCUCAAAUUACUUACUAAUCUUGAAUGGUUAGUUUAUUAACUAAUUUUUUUUUUAUUUUUAGUAUGGUUCUUUAUUUAUCUAAUUAUGUAUGGCCUUUGACAAAACUUGGAAAUGAGCCCCAACAAUUCAACCUCUUCACUGCGUGGGAUAGUGCUGACUAUUUUGGACUAUUUUGGGUUACUGGUGGUCCAUUGAUAUUAAGCAUUACCCUUUGUUCCCCUUUAUUCUAGAUGGGUUUAGAUUCUUUGAUGACCUGAAGUCUCAAUCGUUUUCCAAGACAGUGUCUACACUGUUCCACUACAAAGGAAAUUCUGUUGAGAACUUUAUUGGAGCGGCUGUACAGUCAUCUCUGUUUGUCCUGGAAUUGCUGUCUACAGAGAGAGACACUCAUAUUUCUGUAUAUUUAACAACUGACCUUACACAUGGAAAUUUGUUUCCUGAGCUUCCGGGAGAUCCUCGCAUUGACGUCACCUCACUCAACCAUAACUCUGCUACCUUGGUCUGGAAAGCAAGCCCUUCAGCCUUGAGAAACAAGGAAUACAUUGAAUAUUGCCUUCUCGUUAACGAAAAACACAACUACAAAAGUUUGUGUGCUGCUGACACUGCUAUAAGAUCUGCUGGAGGGAAACACACCAAGUCAUCUACUUUUCCUAUCUCUCAAUAUGUAGAUGACAAUGACAAUGUUAUGAUUCUGUCCAAUAAUGAGUUCAGUAUCAUUCACAAAACAAGUAAUGUGGAUGUUAGACAGAUAUGCAUUGGUAAUAAAAAUACAUAUACCGUGCAUAACUUGAGCUCAAACAUCCAGUAUUAUUUUGAUGUAUUUGUAGUAAAUCUCCUUACAAAUGCUAGCGCUGCAUAUACAGGGACAUUUGCUAAAACUUUGACAGAGCCCAAACCCAAGGUCUCCUACUUGAAAGAUGGAAAAAUAGUCCAACUUAACUUCGAUGGAAAGAGACAAAAAGUUUAUAGCUUUCAAUAUCAGGCCCAACAUAAAAAAGUCCAGUUCACAUUCCAGUUAUGUAGAGGACAAAUCCGAGCUCAGAUAUUAAAAAAUGGAAAAAUAUUAGUAUCAGAAACCAUUCAAGGUCUAAGGCAUAUUACACUGAAAGGCAAACCAAAUGAGAAGUACAUAGCAAUAGUCAAAUCAACUGAGCUUGUGUCAAAUUCUUCUGUUAUGGUCCAGGCAUCUUCGCAUAUCUUCAAGCCUUUAUUUCCUUUCUUUCCGGAUAGCUUAAAAAUAAAAUCUUUCAACAAACUGCGAACAUGUGACUCAGUCACCAUUGCUUGGCUUGGUACACAAGAGAGGAAUAUGUAUUGUGUGUAUAAGAAAAAGGUUCAGGAAGAUGAAGUUUGGAGAGAGAUGUCCAAUGUUGACAGGUGCUCAGGCCCCAACUCUCGACCAAAAUCAGAAAAAGUUAUUUGUAAAUAUUUCCAUGAUAUCAAUGUCCAAAGAGCAGUGACCUCAGAGACCAUAGGUGGUCUACAGAGAGAUACUUCAUACCUAAUCGAUGUGUAUCUCAUGGGCAACUCUGGAAUACUGGUGAAGUAUCAAAGUAAACUUGUUAAGACGAGAAAAAAUUGUUAAUGGUCGAACCAACAUUUUUACAUGACAUCUAGAUAAAAAAGAGAGAAACAAAGGCUCAUUUUUUUAUUUUAUAUAUGGACACAAAGGCAUCUAUGUUUUGUAUAUGCCAGUGUUCUCAAUGAAGGAUGUAUUUAAUUAAAAUAAUGUUAAAAUGUUUGAUAGAAACUGUCGAUUGUAAGUUUUAUCUUUUUUGUGUGUUUAGCUACCAUAUAUUUUUGUGUAAUAUAUUUUCUGUCCUUGGAAACACUUUCUCCCUACAAUUAACAAUUUAACAACCACGCUCUCUUUUGGAAAAUUUAAGUAAGCAUACAAAAGCCCGUUUUUACUUUUAUAUAUGAACACCAUGUCUUCUAUGUUUUGUAUAUGCCAAUUUAAAAAGCUGAAAGUUGUAUCUCAUUAAAACUCUGUUAAAAUGGUUUAAAAUGAUGGCUGGAUCUUUUCAUCCCCAACAAAGAACUUCUGUGUGCACAUGUAAAUAAGGCUGAAUAUGUUAAAGGAAC